AGGCCAGGGCUCUGCUGGAGCAGGCAGCAGAGUGGACGCACAGUGACAUGGGCAACUUGAAGAGCGUGGCCCAGGAACCUGGGCCACCCUGUGGCCUGGGGCUGGGGCUGGGCCUUGGGCUGUGCGGCAAGCAGGGCCCAGCCACCUCUGCCCCUGAGCCCAGCCGGGCCCCGGCAUCCCUACCCCCGCCAGCGCCAGAACACAGCCCUCCGAGCUCCCCGCUAACCCAGCCCCCAGAGGGGCCCAAGUUCCCUCGUGUGAAGAACUGGGAGGUGGGGAGCAUCGCCUAUGACACCCUCAGCGCCCAGGCGCAGCAGGAUGGGCCCUGCACCCCAAGACGCUGCCUGGGCUCCCUGGUAUUUCCACGGAAACUACAGGGCCGGCCCUCCCCCGGCCCCCCGACCCCUGAGCAGCUGCUGAGUCAGGCCUGGGACUUCAUCAACCAGUACUACAGCUCCAUCAAGAGGAGCGGCUCUCAGGCCCACCAACAGCGGCUUCAAGAGGUGGAAGCUGAGGUGGCAGCCACAGGCACCUACCAGCUUAGGGAGAAUGAGCUGGUGUUCGGGGCCAAGCAGGCCUGGCGCAACGCUCCCCGCUGUGUGGGCCGGAUCCAGUGGGGGAAGCUGCAGGUGUUCGAUGCCCGGGACUGCAGGUCUGCACAGGAAAUGUUCACCUACAUCUGCAACCACAUCAAAUACGCCACCAACCGGGGCAACCUUCGCUCGGCCAUCACAGUGUUCCCGCAGCGCUGCCCUGGCCGAGGAGACUUCCGAAUCUGGAACAGCCAGCUGGUGCGCUAUGCGGGCUACCGGCAGCAGGAUGGCUCUGUGCGGGGGGACCCAGCCAACGUCGAGAUCACCGAGCUCUGCAUUCAGCACGGCUGGACCCCAGGAAACGGUCGCUUUGACGUGCUGCCCCUGCUGCUCCAGGCCCCGGAUGAGCCCCCAGAACUCUUCCUUCUGCCCCCUGAGCUGGUCCUUGAGGUGCCACUGGAGCACCCCACGCUGGAGUGGUUUGCAGCUCUGGGCCUGCGCUGGUACGCCCUCCCAGCAGUGUCCAACAUGCUGCUGGAAAUUGGGGGCCUGGAGUUCCCCGCAGCCCCCUUCAGUGGCUGGUACAUGAGCACUGAGAUCGGCACGAGGAACCUGUGUGACCCUCACCGCUACAACAUCCUGGAGGACGUGGCUGUCUGCAUGGACCUGGACACCCGGACAACUUCGUCCCUAUGGAAAGACAAGGCAGCGGUGGAAAUCAACGUGGCCGUGCUGCACAGUUACCAGCUGGCCAAAGUCACCAUUGUGGACCACCACGCCGCCACAGCCUCCUUCAUGAAGCACCUGGAGAAUGAGCAGAAGGCCAGGGGGGGCUGCCCUGCAGACUGGGCCUGGAUCGUGCCCCCCAUCUCAGGCAGCCUCACUCCUGUCUUCCAUCAGGAGAUGGUCAACUAUUUCCUGUCCCCAGCCUUCCGCUACCAGCCAGACCCCUGGAAGGGGAGUGCGGCCAAGGGCACUGGCAUCACCAGGAAGAAGACCUUUAAAGAAGUGGCCAAUGCCGUGAAGAUCUCCGCCUCACUCAUGGGCACCGUGAUGGCGAAGCGAGUGAAGGCGACAAUCCUGUACGGCUCCGAGACCGGCCGGGCCCAGAGCUACGCACAGCAGCUGGGGAGACUUUUCCGGAAGGCUUUUGAUCCCCGGGUCCUGUGUAUGGAUGAGUACGAUGUGGUGUCCCUUGAACACGAGACGCUGGUGCUGGUGGUAACCAGCACAUUCGGGAAUGGGGAUCCCCCGGAGAAUGGAGAGAGCUUUGCAGCUGCCCUGAUGGAGAUGUCUGGUCCCUACAACAGCUCCCCUCGGCCAGAACAGCACAAGAGUUAUAAGAUCCGCUUCAACAGCAUCUCCUGCUCAGACCCACUGGUGUCCUCUUGGCGGCGGAAGAGGAAGGAGUCCAGUAACACAGACAGUGCAGGGGCCCUGGGCACACUCAGGUUCUGUGUGUUCGGGCUGGGCUCCCGGGCGUACCCCCAUUUCUGUGCCUUUGCUCGUGCGGUGGACACGCGGCUGGAGGAACUGGGCGGGGAGCGGCUGCUGCAGCUGGGCCAGGGUGACGAGCUGUGUGGCCAGGAGGAGGCCUUCCGUGGCUGGGCCCAGGCUGCCUUCCAGGCCGCCUGUGAGACCUUCUGUGUGGGAGAGGAUGCCAAGGCUGCCGCCCGAGACAUCUUCAGCCCCAAAAGGAGUUGGAAGCGCCAGAGGUACCGGCUGAGCACCCAGGCCGAGGGCCUGCAGUUGCUGCCAGGCCUGAUCCACGUGCACAGGCGGAAGAUGUUCCAGGCUACAAUUCUCUCAGUGGAAAACCUACAAAGCAGCAAGUCCACGAGGGCCACCAUCCUGGUGCGCCUGGACACUGGAGGCCAGGAGGGGCUGCAGUACCAGCCGGGGGACCACAUAGGUGUCUGCCCACCCAACCGGCCCGGCCUUGUGGAGGCGCUGCUGAGCCGCGUGGAGGACCCGCCUGCGCCCACCGAACCCGUGGCAGUAGAGCAACUGGAGAAGGGCAGCCCUGGUGGCCCUCCCCCCAGCUGGGUGCGGGACCCCCGGCUGCCCCCGUGCACGCUGCGCCAGGCUCUCACCUUCUUCCUGGACAUCACCUCCCCGCCCAGCCCUCAGCUCUUGCGGCUGCUCAGCACCUUGGCAGAAGAGCCCAGGGAACAGCAGGAGCUGGAGGCCCUCAGUCAGGACCCCCGACGCUAUGAGGAGUGGAAGUGGUUCCGCUGCCCCACGCUGCUGGAGGUGCUGGAGCAGUUCCCUUCGGUGGCACUGCCUGCCCCACUGCUCCUCACCCAGCUGCCUCUGCUUCAACCCCGGUACUACUCAGUCAGCUCAGCACCCAGCACCCACCCAGGAGAGAUGCACCUCACUGUAGCUGUGCUGGCAUACAGGACCCAGGAUGGGCUGGGCCCCCUGCACUAUGGAGUCUGCUCCACGUGGCUAAGCCAACUCAAGCCCGGAGACCCUGUGCCCUGCUUCAUCCGGGGGGCUCCCUCCUUCCGGCUGCCACCCGAUCCCAGCUUGCCCUGCAUCCUGGUGGGCCCAGGCACUGGCAUUGCCCCCUUCCGGGGAUUCUGGCAGGAGCGGCUGCAUGACAUUGAGAGCAAAGGGCUGCAGCCCACUCCCAUGACUUUGGUGUUUGGCUGCCGAUGCUCCCAACUCGACCAUCUCUACCGCGACGAGGUGCAGAACGCCCAGCAGCGCGGGGUGUUUGGCCGAGUCCUCACCGCCUUCUCCCGGGAACCUGACAACCCCAAGACCUACGUGCAGGACAUCCUGAGAACGGAGCUGGCUGCAGAGGUGCACCGCGUGCUGUGCCUCGAGCGGGGCCACAUGUUUGUCUGCGGCGAUGUCACCAUGGCAACCAACGUCCUGCAGACCGUGCAGCGCAUCUUGGCGACGGAGGGCGACAUGGAGCUGGACGAGGCCGGCGACGUCAUCGGCGUGCUGCGGGAUCAGCAACGCUACCACGAAGACAUUUUCGGGCUCACGCUGCGCACCCAAGAGGUGACAAGCCGCAUACGCACCCAGAGCUUUUCCUUGCAGGAGCGGCAGCUGCGGGGCGCAGUGCCCUGGGCGUUCGACCCGCCCAGCUCCGACACCACCACCAACGGCCCCUGAGAGCCCCCUGGCUUUCCCUUCCAGUUCCGGGAGAGCGGCUGCCCCACUCAGGUCCGCCCGACCAGGACCAGCCCCGCUCCUCCCCUCUUGAGAUGGUGCCUUCCCACAUCUGUCCAGAGGCUGCAAGGAUUCAGCAUUAUUCCACCAGGAAGGAGCAAAACGCCUCUUUCCCUCUGUAUGCCUGUUGCCUCGGGCCUGGGUCCGCCUAAAUCUGGAAGGCCCCUCCCAGCAGCGGUACCCUAGGGCCUACUGCUACCCCCCUUCCUGUUUCUUAGGCGAAUGUUAGAUUCCCCUUACCUCUCUCAGGAGGAUCUUACCUGUAAAUUCUAAUCUCUAAAUCAAGUAUUUAUUAUUGAAGAUUUACUGUAAGAGACUGUGCCAGAUGUUACGAGAACUACUAAAGUGCCUAACCCAGCCCAUGUGGAUUACAAUUUUUUUUUUUUUUUAAAGGGAGUCUCACUCUGCCGCCCAGGCUGGAGUGCAGUGACAUGAUCUCAGCUCACUGCAACCUCUGCCCCCGAGUUCAAGUGAUUCUCCUGCCUCAGCCUCUCGAGUAGUUGGGAUUACAGGUUCCUGCCACCGCACCUGGCUAGUUUUUGUAUUUUUAGUAGAGACAGGGUUUCACCAUCUUGGCCAGGCUUGUCUUGAACUCCUAACCUCGUGAUCCACCUGACUCAGCCUCCCAAAGUGUUGGGAUUACAGGCGUGAACCACUGCGCCCGGCGUGGAUUACAAUUAUCAAAUGACAAGAUUUCUGUUUUAACCUGUGCAGUUGUGGGUAUGUGGUGGGGAAAGGGGUCGUUCUUUUGACAGAGAGUCCUACAUGCCACUUGAUCCUGCUCUCUAAAAACAUGGUUUCCAGCCAGUCUGGGCUGCUCCCUCGUGCAGUUCUCAGGCUGGUGAUCGAGAAGGCAGGUGCAGCACUCAGCUGCCAGGAGUGGGAGCUGCCAGAAACAAGAGUCACAGAGAUGUGCAACAGCCGUGAGCAAGCUUUACUGCUUAUUUCAUACAGGAUGGGGAGCCACACCCACUUCUUCAGACAUCACACCCAUGCUGAAGUCCAAAAACAUCAGCCCUCUUGUCUUUCCACUCACAAGUCCCCAUCCCCUGCAAGCCCCAGGGAACUGAAAGUGCGCCGGCAGCCACCAGUGUGACGAAUCCACAGCCUUAAAGCCCACUUGCCUCACUGUCACCCUUCCAUUUAGCUUGGCCUCAUCCUUGACCUCUGUCCCCCACCUUGAGCAAAUGCGAGGACUUCUUCCCAGGCAACUGCUCCAGGACACACUGCAGUUGGGGGUGUCUCCCCUAUCCCUUCUGGGUGGGGACCAUCUCUAAGACUUGUUUCCAGAUGCCAUCAGCAUCUCCUCUCCUACCUUUUCUCUGUUCUCAGGGCGAGUUCCUCACUGACUCCCAGGUCCUGUCCAACUAAAGCACCUGGGCCUGUCAUCUAUGGGGCCUCUA